UUAGCCAACUAAAAGAAGAUGAAUUGAACGAACAGAUUACUCAACUCCAAAGUGAAAUUGCAGCGGUCUACCAAAAAUUAGAAGAAGUCGAAACAGACAGAAAUGACAAACAGUAUACUAUAUUGAAUCAUCAUCAGGAAAAAAUGAGUGAAUUAGAACGAGAAAAAGGGGAAUUACUAAAAAAGCACCAAGAACUAACCACUCUUUAUCAGGAAACUAAUCAACAAUUAGAAAGGUUAAAUUAUGAACUUGCACAAGAGAAAGGAACUAGCAGUGCUCUCGAAGAAGGUUUUCUCACCGCUUGCCAAAAAAUAGAUUAUUUGGUUAAAGAAUUGAAAAAUGAGAAAAAUGAAAAUUACGAAUUAGAGCAAGAACUAAAAGAACAAACCAACGAUUUUAAUACUCAAAUAUCGAAUUUGAAAAAAUUAAAUGCGGAAGAAAAAGAACAGUUAAUCCAACAAAUUACUAGCCUCAAAAGCGAGAAACUAACCAACGAAAAACAACUUACUGAAAAAAUAGCCGAAUUAGAAAAUAGGAUAAAAAGCUUGGAAAAUGCUAGCCGGACGGAAAAAGAAAAUUUGGAAAACGCCCUAAACGAUUUAAAAAAUAAAUUACAAGAAAAAUUACUUGCCGAAACUGCUUAUCAAAAACGGAUUCGAGAAUUAGAUCUAAAAAUAAAUGAUUUGGAACAGGAAUUUCAAAACUCCACCACUCUUUCUGACACACCUACUAAACAGAAAUUAAAUGAGAGAAAUAACCUAGUUGAGGAUUUGAAGAACAAAAGCGCAGAACUCGAUAACCAAAUCACUUCUUUGGUAGCGGAAAUUAAUUCUUUACGAAAAACUAGUCAAGGGGAAAAGGAUACUCUUAACCAAGAAAUAGAAAACUUAAAAAAUGCUAAAUUAACCAGCGAAAGUGAGUUACAAGAGAAAAUAAAUAACUUAAAUAAUUAUAUUAAUUCUUUAUCAGUUGAAUCAAAAAAGGACAAGGAAAAUUUAACCCACCAAUUAUCAUCCUUACAAACUAAAUUAACCGAAAAUAUUAAAAAAAAGGAGGAAAAAGAAAUUUCACUACAAAGGUUAACCAAAACUAUUGCUGAUUUACAAGAUGAAGUAAAGUCUUUGAAAAACGCUUCUCAGAAAGAGAAAAAAGAUUUAUUACAACAAUUAUCAAAAUUACAAUCCGUCCAAAAAAUUAACGAGGAGGAGUUCAAACAACAAAUUGACGACUUGAAGCAGCAAAUAGAAAUUUUAACUAAUGCUUCGCAACAAGAGAAAAAUAAUUUGACUAAUAAAAUCACCGAUUUGGAACAAAAAUUAACCAUUGCAGCAGCGUCAGAAAAUAAUUAUAAAAACACUAUCACUGGGUUAGAAAAGGAACUACAAAAUACUACCAACAACCUCACCGUCCUGGUUAAUUCUUUACAAGAAGCUGAGGAAGAAAGGAAUAAUCUUUUAGAUAAAAUAAGAGACUUAGAACAAUCCAAUUUCACUGCCGAACAAUUAAGUCAGCAGAAGAUAAAUAAUUUACAAAAUCAAAUCAAGAAAUUAGCCAAAAUUUCUGUUGAAGAGAGGACAAAAUUAAAGCAACAAAUUCUAAAUUUAAAAACUAAACUGGAAAAGAAAGUCCAAGCCGAACAGGGUUAUCAAACCAAAAUAAGAAAUCUGGAAGACAAUUUGGCUAAUACUACUAAGUCUUUAACUGAUGAACUAAAAGCUGCCAACCAAAGCCAAAUUAAGGAAAAAUCGUUGGCAAACAAACUCAAGCAAGAAAUUCAGACCAAAGAACAAGAUUUAACAAACUUACAUAAGGAAUUAGUCGACCUCCAAAAUCGAUUGAAUGCUGCCAAUGAUACUAUUAACCAACAAAAUCUCAAAAUCAGCCAAAAAAAUCAACAAUUAACCGAUUUAACCAACCAAUUAACUGCCAAAGAUAAAUCGAUAGCCGACUUGCAAGCCGAAAUUGCUAACUUAAAAAACCCACCCACUUUUGCGGUUAAUACUAAUUCAAAUAAGACAAAAACAGAUGAACUGCCAGGACAAUUGAGAGAAGAAGACAAAUCAGUCGAAAGAAAAAGCAGUGACAGUGAUAAGGAAAAGUCCGCCGCCAUUUACUCACAAGAGGAUUUAGAAAAGUUAAUUAAAGAACACCAACAAGAGGUUCAAAAAUUAAAGGCUUUAAUUGCUAAAAAUGAGGCAGAAACGUCUCAGGAAGUGUCAGUUAAAGAAACCAUCCGACAAUUACCAAAAAAAAAUAAUGUUCCCCUUUGA